AUGAGAAAUGGAAUUAUCUGUCGAUACUUGCGCGAUGUGCCAGUGAUGGACCGCGUGCACGAACACAUAACACUUCCCCCAAUCGUUGCACGGGCUGUGGACACGACCGCGUUCCAGCGGCUGCGAUCACUGAAACAACUCGGUUCCUCGUCUUACCUGUACCCCGCCGCCGUACAUACGCGAUUUGAGCACAGUAUUGGUGUGGCCCAUAUUGCGCAACUCCUCCUGGGACGAGUUCAACGCUGCCAGCCAGACCUUCGAAUUAAUGACAAGGACAGAGAAAAGGUGAUGCUGGCCGGGCUGCUUCACGAUGUUGGCCAUGGACCGUUCUCCCAUCUGUUCGAGGAGGUCAUGUCUCGCAAGUUUGGUUUGCUGUUCGACCACGACAAAAUGUCGCAAACCAUUGGCCGCAACAUACUAAAGGUCCUACUCCCUAAAGAUGAUGUGGAGGAUGUUUUGAGGGUUAUGCGAGGUGAGCCUGCCUCGCAUCUUGUCUACACAGAGAUAGUGACGAACAAACGAAAUGGUAUCGAUGUUGACAAACUGGAUUAUUUCCUUCGUGACUCACUCUGUUGCUUUGGUAAACCAACAGUGGAUGUUCGUUUGAGUCGCCUAUUCAACUCUGCGCGUCUGGUACAAUACGAGGGGCAGUGGCAACUCGCUUUUGAGGAGAAGGUUGCCCUUUCGCUCCGGGAGUUAUUCGUGUUGCGUACCAAGUUGCAUAAAAAUGUGUAUCAGCACCGCGUGGUCAAAGCUAUAGAUCAUAUGAUUUGUGACAUUAUGGGUGCAGCUGCGCCCUACUUCUUAGUGCACGGCCACACUCUUCUCGAGUGUGUUUGUCACGAGGAGUUGUUCCUGAAGUUGGGAGACUGGGUAUUAGAUGCCAUAGAGAGUAGUGCAGAUACAAAUCUAAAACCUGCACAAGACAUAAUAUCCCGUUUACGCUCGAGAGAUAUAUAUCGCUUUAUCCUUUCCCGUGCCUUGAAGUCUGAGGCCGCACCGCCGGAUAACUGGCUCAACGAUGUGGCAGAAGAUAUCGUCGCCGCCGUUUCAAAAAAACAGAGCACAAAGAUUACUAAAGAAGACAUCAUCGUUGACCAGGUGGUUAUUAACCACGGGAAAGGAAACAGCGAUCCCUUGCAAAGCGUUCUGUUUUUCAAUCCUAAACGCCCCUCCCAGUCCUACUUCAAAAUGUCGUCAAGCGCUUCACGGCACAGUACGCUUUUUACACCUUUUGCGUUUGAGGAGCGUACACUAAUGAUAUUUGAGUGCCGAGAUACUGGAGGUGCCGUUCUGAAGGCUGCUGAUGCUGUCGUUAGUCACGAAAAGUACAGUAAGUACUUCGUGGACUCACUUCCCUUCUACAAUACUCCAUAA